GGAAUAUCUGGUAUUUUAACUCAAUUUUGGUUGAAUAUAGUUGAUGUUGAUGUAUCGAUAAACGCGUCUCAAUCACAUCAUUUAUUCAUUAUGACGGAGUAUUUCGGCGGCCAAGAAAAGUAUUUCUAUUUGCUUCUGUAUGCAGCAUAUUGCAUCGGAAUGGUUAUAAUGGUAGCAAUAGGUACAAUGCUUAUUACGUAUCUACAACAUACCUGUGGAAUGUUUAAAAUUGCUAGCUAUCGUAUGGAGCAUACAAUGAGCGUGAACAUUUUGCAAAACAUUACGCUAAAAAAUAAAAUUUUGAUGACCGAGGGCAUAAUUUGCGCCGUCGACAUUCACCGACAAGCUAUGAAAUUGACUAAGGAUUUGAUGUCCAAAUUCGAGAUAAUGAUAUUAUGUUUGAUUCUGUGCGGAGUGGUUUGUUUAAGCAUGAAUCUAUUUCAGGUGCAGUGUUUUCGAUUUUGUAUAAUACUGUUUUUCAAAUAG